AUGGCCAGUUCAGUUGCCCGUAUAUCUCGGCAAAAAGCGAGAAAACGCGAGGCAACCAAACCUGCCCCAACAACCAGAAGAAAUUUGCGAAACUCAACACCUGCCCGUUUAAAUAAAAAAGAAAUUAAAGUUAAUUUUUCUAAUAAUAAUUCCCCACAGUUAAUUAAUUUAAUAAAUUUAAAAAAUAAUAAAAAAGAAGAAAAUUCAAAUAAUUAUUUAAUUGGCAAUAGUAGUGGAGGUAUUGGAAGGAAUUUUGACAAGGAAAAAGGAGGCACUAAUUUGAUAGGAGAGGAAGAUAAAUUAACUAAUGAUAAUAAUAAUUUAUUUAUUUUAAAUAAUAAUACUCCACAUUUUAUUUUUAAACCAAAUUAUUCUGCUAUUAGACAACGUAGAAUAUCUCAAAUGGAAAAUAGAAGCAGGAUUAGGCCUGUUCAAUUAUUUUCUGUUAAUUCUUCAAAUCCAAAUAUUGUUGUAUUAUCAAUUACUGGCACUCACAGAAAAGGAAAGAGUUUCUUACUAAAUUUUUUUCUUGAUUAUUUGUAUAAAUUGCAAUAUACACAGAAAAAUCAAGAUUUGGAAUUGGAAGAUUGGAUAAAUGAUGAAGAUAUAGUUGAGGGUUUUACGUAUAAAGCUGGGCCAAAAAGGUGUACUGCUGGAAUAUGGAUAUGGGCUGAGCCAAUACUUAUUGAUAUACCUAGUGGAGAACGAUAUGCUGUUCUUUUAAUGGAUGUCCAGGGUUGUAUUGAUCAAUCCGUUAUUAAUGGAACUAGUUGUACAAAUACUACAAAUAAUCUAUUUACUUCAUCAAUCUUGAAUAAUAAUACUAAUAAUUUACAACAUCCAGCAAUUUUGGCACUUUCUACAAUGCUAAGUUCGAUUCAAUGCCUUAACUCAUCCGAAACAAUUUCUGAAGAGUUAAUACAAAUGCUUACAUUCUUUACUGAUUAUGGACGUUUAGCAUUGACAGAAGCUAAAGAAUUGGGAAAACCUUUUCAAUCAUUAGCAUUUAUUGUUCGAGAUUUUAAAUUGGAAGAUGAAUUAAUUUAUGGAAUUGAAGGAGGUGCUCGUUUUUUGGCUAAAGUAUUGCCUGAAGCAAUUAGUGAAAAAAGAGAAAAUUUAAAUCCAAAAAUAACAGAAGUUAGAAAAAAUAUUAGACAAUAUUUUGGGCAAGGAGUUAAUUGUUAUUUAAUGCCUCAUCCUGGUCCAAAAGUGGCCGAUCAAAAUUCUGGAUUUAAAGGACAAGUUAAAGAAAUUAAGCAAUUAUUUCGAGAUGAAGUUAAACGUUUAGUGGAAUCUUUGGUCAGUCCAAGUGUGAUACGUCCUAAAUUAUUAAAUGGGAAGCCUGUUACUGUCAGAAAGUUUAUUGAAUGUGUUAAGGAAUAUUCCCGUCUAUUUGGUUCAUCAGAAUUACCAGAACCCCGUUCUAUUUUAAAUGCCAAUCUUCAAUUAAUUUGUGUAGAAUAUGCAUUAGAUGCUAAACUAGCCUAUUGUAAAGCUAUGGAUAGAACAACACGUUCAUCUAGAAUGAUGGCAGAGAAAAAAUUAUUGGAGGCACACAUUAAAAAUGGAAUUAAGGCUUUAAAUAUUUAUGAUAAAUGUCCAAAAAUAUAUAGUGGUGAUAUUAGAAUACAAAAUCUGGGAAGAUUGCAAGAAUCUAUUAAUCAUGAAUUGGAACGUUAUCAACGUCUUAAUGAAGAAAAGAGGGUAAUAAAUUGCAAGGGCGUAGCCAUAGGGACGAUUUCAGGAGGGGCUGAAGGUGUAACAACGUGUACUUCAGCAAUGCUUGCUUGUGGUGAUUCCCCUCUUUUUGGUCUUGGGUUGGGAGGGGCAGCUUCUGGCGCUGUUGCCGCUACUGUUAUUACAUUACAAAUGGGUGUGGUUAGUGCUGGCAUUGUUGCAAUUCCUGUGUCCUUAACUGCUCUUUUUGGGAUUUGGGUUUAUGUAACAUUAAAACCAUCUGUAAAAUCGUGCCUUGGAUUAGAAAAAGAUAAUUAG